GUAGGGACAGUCCCAUAAACUUGCUCUGAAUUCACUUCAGAUUAAUAACUCCACUUUUCAUUCAUAUCCAGCUCUGACCUUUCCAUCACACUUCAGUUCAGUACCCACUGUCAUUAGGAAUGGAGGGCAACCAAUCAUGGAUCGCAGAAUUCAUCCUGGUGGGAUUCCAGCUCAGUGAAGAGAUGGAAUUGCUCCUCUUCAUUAUCUUCCUCCUGUUAUAUACCUUCAACCUGCUGGCAAAUGGCAUGAUCUUCAGACUCAUUUGCCUGGACCCCAGACUGCAUUCCCCCAUGUACUACUUCCUUUCUCAUCUGGCCAUCACCGACAUAUCCUAUGCUUCUAGUAAUUUACCCAAUAUGAUGGAAAACCUAAUGGUUUUCUAUUUGGCUUUUGCUUCUGUAGAAUGUCUGAUUUUGGUGGUGAUGUCCUAUGACAGGUACGUGGCGAUCUGCCACCCCCUCAAGUACACUGUCAUCAUGAACUGGAGAGUGUGCACGGUCCUGGCCAUCGCAUCCUGGGCAUGUGGAUUUUCCCUGGCCCUAGUACAAGUAAGUCUCUUUCUAAGAUUGCCCUUCUGUGGGCCCCAGAAGGUGAACCACUUCUUCUGUGAAAUUCGAUCUGUCCUCAAAGUGACCUGUGGUGAAACCUGGAUCAAUGACAUCUUCCUCUUUGCUGAUGGUGUUUUUAUCUUAGUUGGGCCCCUUUCCCUGAUGCUGGUGUCCUAUGUGCACAUCCUCUGGGCCAUCCUGAAAAUCCAGUCCAAGGAGGGCCGCAAGAAAGCCUUUUCCACCUGCUCUUCCCACCUCUGUGUGGUGGGGUUCUACUUUGGCAUAGCCAUGAUGGUUUACUUGGUCCCAGAGAGUAGUCAACAAGAGGAGCAACAGAAAGUCCUUUUCCUCUUUUACACUUUCUUAAACCCACUGCUGAACCCCCUUGUCUACAGUCUAAGGAAUGCUCAAGUGAAGGCUGCCUUCCACAGAGUAUUCCAGAAACAGAGGACAACAUGA